GCUGACCACGGCUGACUUGGGCAUCUGGUGACUGCUAUAGCAGCAGACACGGCCAACAGAUGAGAAGAUGUAGUGGGCUGGCCCAGGCCACCUGCCCGGAGUUUGGUACGGAGCCCCGCCGGACAGUGCACACCCCAGGAGUCCCCUCCGGCCACCCAGCCUCACCAUGUCCAAGAAGGGGGCCGGCAGCCGGACGCGGGGGGACAAGGCUGAGGCGUUUGCUGCGUUGCAGGCCGCCAACGAGGAGCUGCGGGCCAGGCUCACAGACAUCCAGAUCGAGCUGCAGCAGGAGAAGAGCAAGGUCAGCCGGGCGGAGCGGGAGAAAAACCAGGAGAUCCGGCAGGUGCGGGAGCACGAGCAGCACAAGAACACGGUGCUGGUCACAGAGCUGAAGACCAAGCUGCACGAGGAGAAGAUGAAGGAGCUGCAGGGGGUGCGGGAGGCGCUGCUGCGGCAGCACGAGGCGGAGCUGCUGCGGGUCAUCAAGGUCAAGGACAACGAGCAUCAGCGGCUGCAGACCCUGCUCCACGCCCUGCGCGACGGCGGCCCCGACAGGGUCAGGACCGUCCUGCUCUCGGAAGCCAAGGAGGAGGCCAAGAAGGGCUUCGAGGUGGAGAAGGUCAAAAUGCAGCAGGAAAUCUCCGAGCUCAAGGGUGCCAAGAAGCAGGUGGAGGAGGCGCUGACCAUGGUCACCCAGGCUGACAAGAUCAAGGCCGCCGAGAUCCGGAGCGUGUACCACCUGCAUCAGGAGGAGAUCACCAGGAUCAAGAGGGAGUGUGAGCGAGAGAUCCGCAGGCUGAUGGAGGAGAUAAAGUUUAAGGACAGAGCAGUCUUCGUGCUGGAGAGAGAGUUAGGGGUGCAAGCCGGGCACGCUCAGAGACUGCAGCGGCAGAAAGAGGCCCUAGAUGAGCAGCUGUCCCAGGCCCGCGAGGCCGACCGGCACCUGGGCAGCCCCAGACGGGACCUUCCUUAUGUGAGCGGUGCGGGAGACGCCUCAGACCACCCGGGAAGCCCUGAACAGCAGCUGGACGAGAAGGACGCCCGGCGCUUCCAGCUGAAAAUCGCCGAGCUAAGCGCCAUCAUCCGCAAGCUGGAGGACCAGGGGUUGAGAAUCCCCAUAGAGAGGAACAAGCUGUUGAAGCGGCUGCGGGAGGCGGAGAGCCAGUACAAGCCGCUGCUGGACAAAAACAAGCGCCUCAGCCGGAAGAACGAGGACCUGUCCCACACGCUGCGCCGCAUGGAGAACAAGCUGAAGUUCAUCACCCAGGAGAAUCUGGAGAUGAGACAAAGGGCCGGGGUCAUUAGGAGGCCCAGCAGCUCCCUGAACGACCUGGACCAGAGUCAGGAGGAGCGGGAAGUGGACUUCCUGAAGCUCCAGAUUGUGGAGCAGCAGAACCUCAUAGAUGAACUCUCCAAGACCCUGGAAACGGCGGGCUACGUGAAGAGUGUGCUAGAGCGGGACAAGCUUCUGAGGUACCGGAAGCAGAGGAAGAAGAUGGCGAAGAUCCCCAAGCCAGUGGUGGUGGAGACCUUCUUUGGCUACGACGAGGAAGCCUCCCUGGAGUCGGACGGCUCCUCCAUCUCUUACCAGACAGACAGAACGGACCAGACCCCGUGUACCCCUGAUGACGACCUGGAGGAGGCCGUGGCCAAGGAGGGGGCGGAGCUGCGCUUCCGGCAGCUCACCAUGGAGUACCAGGCUCUGCAGCGCGCCUAUGCCCUGCUGCAGGGGCAGGUCGGAGGGACACUGGACGCUGAGCGAGAAGUUAAGACGCGUGAGCAGCUGCAGGCGGAUGUGCAGCACGCACAGGCGCGGAUCGAGGACCUGGAGAAGGCGCUGGCCGAGCAGGGGCAGGACAUGAAGUGGAUCGAGGAGAAGCAAGCCUUGUACCGGAGGAACCAGGAACUGGUGGAGAAGAUCAGGCAGAUGGAGACAGAAGAGGCACGGCUGAGACACGACGUGCAGGAUGCCAAAGACCAGAACGAGCUGCUGGAAUUCCGGAUCCUCGAGCUGGAGGAGAGAGAGAGGAAGUCACCAGCCAUCAACUUCCACCAUGUGCCCUUUGUGGACGAUGGGAGGAGCCCCCUGCAGGUGUACUGCGAGGCGGAGGGCAUCACGGACAUCCUGGUGUCGGAGCUGAUGAAGAAGCUGGACAUCUUGGGGGAUAACGCCAAUCUGACCAAUGAGGAGCAGGUGGUGGUCAUUCAAGCGCGGACCGUGUUGACUUUGGCAGAAAAGUGGCUCCAGCAGAUUGAGGAGACCGAGCUGGCCCUGCAGCAGAGGAUGGUCGACCUGGAGAAUGAAAAGGAGCUGUUCAGUAAGCAAAAGGGCUACCUGGACGAGGAGCUGGACUUCCGAAAGCAGUCUCUGGACCAGGCUCAUAAGCACAUCCUGGAGCUGGAAGCCAUGCUGUACGACGCCCUGCAGCAGGAGGCUGGGGCCAAGGUGUGCGAGCUGCUGUCCGAGGUGGAGCGGGAGAAGCUCAAGGUUGCCGUGGAGCAGUGGAAGCGGCAGGUCAUGAGCGAGCUUCGAGAGCGCGAUGCCCAGAUCCUGCGGGAGCGCAUGGAGCUGCUGCAGCUGGCCCAGCAGAGGAUCAAAGAGCUGGAGGAGCACAUGGAGGCGCAGAAGAGGCAGGCCAAGGAGCUGGAGGAGAAGGUAAAAGCCUGCACUUAGAGGCCGAGAGGACAGAGGUAACAGGCCCCGGUCUCUGGGUCAGGACGGAGCUGACCUCAAAGGGGUCAGGAUGGGGGCUGUGGGGGCAAUCCACAGUGGUCCUUCAACCCGGCCACCUUGGGAGGCCCCGCUCUCAUAGCCCCACGCCUUGGGGGCUAUACUAAGCCGAUACUCAGGGGUCUCUGGCCUUUGGGCCUAAAGUCCUCUUCCCUAGGACUGUGGGCCUGCUAGACACAGCCUCCCGCAGCCCCCUCUUUCUGCACCAGACACAACUGCUGCAGGGCUGGGGCUGGGGGCCGACAUCCAGUCAGGCCUUGGUGGGCUGGCUGAGCUGGGUGCUGAGGGGAGCGGGCCAUCUGGUGCCCCCUCCCUGUCUUGUCCGUUCAGCGGAACCUGGAGGUUGGUGUUGAAAUUGCACCCGAGUGGCUGGACACCUGUUGGGGCUGGGACAGCAGGGACUCAACCAUGGGUGCUGGGCCAGCCAGGAGGGA